CAACUUCUCUCAAUAUAGAAAGUUAUCAAUGGCAUCAACCAAAUCCUUUGUUACUGCUUUACUUCUUGUUGCAACAAUGUCAAGCACGAUCCUAGAAGCUCGCCAACUUUUGCAAACAACCUCACAACAACCUAAUUUUCCUACCAUUCCCUCUUUACCAACAACAUUACCACCUUUGCCUUCAAUUCCAACAUUGCCUAAAGCAAGUCUUCCUCCAUUGCCUACUAACAUUCCAUCUCUUCCUAAACUCACCAUACCACCUCUUCCUAGCAUUCCUACAAAUAUUCCAACUCUCAACAUUCCACCACCAUUGCCAACAAUCACUUCACUUCCCAACAUUCCCACCUCAAUCCCGACCACUUUCCCCUCCAUCCCAUUUCUCACCCCACCACCUUCUUCAGCCUCUAGCCCUUAAACACUUCUUUAUAAGCUACAUAAUGUAAUCAACUAAAUAUUUGCAUUAUGGACAUUAUUGUUUCAUUUUUUUUAUUGUGCGUGAUGAAAUAGUAGGAGGUUAUAAUGAUAGUAGUAUCUUUGUUGUAUAGUAUUGUAUGGUGUGAAAAAGUCUUUGUAUUUUUUUAUUUUUUUUAUCAGUUUGGCACUAUAUAUGUUUUGUAUUUUUGAAUUUAAUUGAUGUUGGAUUACACAUUU